AUGACAAGCAAAAUUACGUGCUACCUGGACUGCGUGUCUCCAUAUUCAUACUACACUCUCCUACAUCUCGAAAGGAACUGGAAGGUCCUCGAAGCGCACAAUGUAGAGAUUGAGUGUGUACCCCUUGGCACCCCGAUCUUCAAGACCAAUUCCCUAGCCUGGAAUCCCACCAACCAUCUCGCGCAUUCAUCGAAAGCAAGAAACAAGCCACCCUGGUCCCUCGAAGCAAAGGCGAAGUACGGUGCAUACGACGGCGCGCGAGCGAAGAAACACUUCGGCCUUCCUAAUCUUCAGUCGCCGGAUUUCUUCCCGAUCCUCUCCCUGCUACCGCAGCGAGCACUAUGUGCCGUAAAGGAAGCGCAUCGAGAGAAGUUCCUCGAUAUCUUCCGUGACAUUUUCCACGCAAUGUGGGAGAACGGCAAGGAUGUCAGUAAGCCGGAGAUCCUUGUAGAGGUACUCCAGCAGCGCCUCAAGGAUGAUGAAGCCAAAGAAGUGAUGGCCAAAGCAAACAGCCCACCAUACAAGCAGCGGCUGAACGAUAAUACCAAGCAAGCGCUCGACCAUGGUGCUUUUGGUUGCCCGUGGUUCUUCGUACGCAACGCGAAAGGGGAAGAAGAGCCCUUCUUUGGCAGUGACAGGUGCGUAUCUUCUCCAUCAGUACCUCCAUCCCCCGUCUCUUACCUUGCCUCCUCGUAA